AUGCUCGUCACUCCUCUCGCUCAUCACUCCUCUCGCUCGUCACUCCUCUCGCUCGUCACUCCUCUCGCUCGUCACUCCUCUCGCUCGUCACUCCUCUCGCUCGUCACUCCUCUCGCUCGUCACUCCUCUCGCUCGUCACUCCUCUCGCUCGUCACUCCUCUUGCUCGUCACUCCUCUCGCUCGUCACUCCUCUCGCUCGUCACUCCUCUCGCUCGUCACUCCUCUUGCUCGUCACUCCUCUUGCUCGUCACUCCUCUUGCUCGUCACUCCUCUUGCUCGUCACUCCCCUUGCUCGUCACUCCCCUUGCUCUACCAGGAGGUCCGCAAGCUGCUGCUGCACGUGGCAGCACAUGUUGCCUGCCAAUAAAAACUCAUUUCUUUCCCAAUCCUCCCCCUUUUUUUAUUCAAGCUCAGGAGGACCGCAAGCUGCUGCUGCACGUGGCAGCGCACGGCACAAGGCAGUGGAGGGCCGUUGUCAACCGGGGGUUGCUGCCAGGCCGGGAUAGCAAGGCCUGCUGCAACCGAUUCAUCGUGCUCAAGAGGAAUUUCUUUAAACGCCAGGAGCAACGACUUCAUCAGCCCGAAGCAGCGCUACAGCUGGACUGUCCGGAUGUGCUCGCUGCUGCUUCCGGGGCCGCUUGUGCAGAACCGUCUGUGGAGGGUGAUGUGUACGAUGAUAAGAGCAGGGGCGGCAGCAUGCCUUUUGCACCGACUCAAAAGUCAGAUUGUGCAGAACCGCCUGCGGAGGCCGCGGGCGGCAGCAUGCGUCAUGAUGCGGCUGGGGGCGGCAGCACCAGUGGCAGCAUCGCUGGUGAUCAUUAUGUUGAGGCGACGGGAGGAGGCGUGCUGCAUGUCGGUACUAUGAGUGAUGGCAUUGUUGAUUAUGGCACCACCGGUGUCGGCAUUGCUAGUGACAACAUCACCAGUGACUGCAUGACAUGUGUCUCCUUCCCAGCGCAUUACCAUGAGUUGCUGGGAGGAGGCGUGCUGCAUGGCGGCACAGAAUGUGGCACAACCGGUGUCCGCGUUGCCAGUGACGGCAUGACAUGCGCCUCCUUCCCAGCGCAUGAUACUGAGAUGCGGGGAGGGGGCAUGCUGGAUGGCGGCACAAAGGGUGGCACCACCGCCAGUGACGGCAUGACAUGCGCCUCCUUCCCAGCGCAUGACACUGAGAUCGCACAACUUACCAUCGCGCCUCCUGCCAUCUCACUCCCUCCCAUCUCACUCCCUCCCAUCGCACUCCCUACUACCCUCGUGCCUGUUGUCAUCUCACUCCCUCCCAUCGCAUUCCCUCUCAGCACCCUUCCACCCUUCAGACUCCCUCUCAGCAUCCUCUCUCCCGUCACACUCCCUCCCAUCACACUCCCGCGAAUCACACCUUCUGCCAUCACACUCCCGCCCAUCACACCUCCUACCAUCACGCCAGCUGCGCGGUCUGCCCCCACACAUGUGGGGCUACAUUCCAAGUAA